AAAUUUCAAAUAAUAAUUUAGAGAAUUAUAGUUCUAUAAAAGAUCCAACAAUAGAAACUCCAAUCACCAAACUAGUAAAUUGCAUAUUAUGAUGGAGGAAAUCAACAGCACACCAAUGAAGGAAUCAUCAACCAGCAAAUGGCUAUCUGAUUUGGAAAUGGAUGAGUAUAAUUUAUUUCCAGAGGAAUGCAACUUGAAUUUCCUUGAUGCUGAUGAGAAACAAGAGUUUGUUUCACAUGACAUAGCUACUGUCUUUCAAGAACAAAACCAACAACAAUGUUUGAAUUCAGAGUCCACUCUCAGUCUCAACAACUCAUUCACUGAUGAAACAUGUUUGGACUCUUUUGACUUUCAUUUUGACAAACCAACGUUUUCACCAAAACAAUCUUCUUCCUCAUCUAACUCAUCUUUUCAGACUCUGAUUCUCUCUUUUGACAACCAAACCUCACCUGCUACCAGCACCCCCCAAUUUUAUGAACUUAACCAUACUCUAACCUCGAAACAGAAAGAAAUAAUGUCAGUAUCUCCACCCCAGUUGGAAAAUACUCAUCUCUUCACUCAAACUCCAAAAGGGUCAUCAAAAAAUCAAAAUUUGGAAACAAAAACCUCACAACCAAAGAGAUCUCGGGCUAACGCGGAGGAUCAUAUCAUGGCUGAGAGAAAGCGAAGAGAGAUACUCAGUCAGAGUUUCAUUGCUCUUGCAGCUCUUGUUCCUAACCUAAAAAAGAUGGACAAAGCUUCUGUAUUAGCUGAAUCCAUUAAAUACGUGAAAGAGCUUAAAGAGCGUUUGGAAGUUUUGGAAGAACGGAACAAGAAAACAAAAGAAGAAUCCGCGGUUGUUCUGAACAAACCAGACAUAUGUAGCGAUGAAGAUAACUCCUCAUGUGAUGAGAACAUUGAAGAUGCUGGUGGGGGUGACAAUGAAUCACUGUUACAAGUGGAAGCAAGAGAGUUAGGGAAAGAGAUGUUAAUUAGGAUCCACUGCAAGAAGAAAAAGGGUGUUUUGGUAAAAGUGAUGGAAGAGAUUCAAAGCUUAGAAUUAUUUGUUGUGAAUAACAGUGUGUUACCCCUUGGGGAUUCUGUCCUUGACAUUACAAUCAUAGCUCAGAUGGGUGAAGGAUACAGCUUGAGCAUAAAGGAACUUGUGAAGAAGCUACGCAUGAAAGCGUUAAGUUUAUAUCAUCAUAAUAACGUGUUUUGAAUUAUUUUGAUGUAUAAGUUUCGGGUUAAUAUUUUUUAUUGGAAUAAAAUGACUAAUGACAAUCCAGUUUGCAUUAUUCUAUACUUUAAUAUUUGAUAAAAAGGCAUAGCCAUAAUAAUAUUAGGGUUUGAUAAAUCUGCGAGUAUUAGCACAGUCACAAUGUAACAUAGAUCCCCAGAAUGUGAUCCAUUCUAGAAAUAUGUGAUAUCUCUGCUCCAGCACAUUGUUCUAUCAGCAGAAGAUAUGUUUAAUAAAAAGAAUGGUGUUGUCGAUGUCAUGUGUGUUAUUUUCUCCCUCUCUCAUGGAGAUGGUGAUAGCCUGGUAGGUAGGAAUAUGCAUGUUAAUCUCACACAAUAUUUGAGGCAUUCAAA